UGCGAGACUUUGAUCAGACGCCCCACGAACGAUAGGCAAGAUGGCCACACAAGUAAAUCCCAACAUAAAGAAGAAACAUUUUAUCGGCGUUCCAAGUCCUCUUGGAUACGUCCCGGGCCUUGGAAGAGGAGCCACUGGUUUCACCACCAGAUCUGAUAUCGGUCCUGCCCGUGACGCCACAGAUGUUGUCGACGACCGCCACGCCCCUCCGGGAAAGCGUACGUUUGCGGCGCAGCACGCGGCACAGAAGGCGAAAAACCAGGAGGAGGAAGAGGAGGAGGAGGAUCUGAAUGACUCCAACUAUGACGAGUUUGCAGGAUAUGGAGGCAGUCUGUUUGCCAGCGGUCCGUAUGAAAAGGACGAUGAAGAGGCUGAUGCCAUCUACGAGGCCAUUGACAAAAGGAUGGACGAAAAGCGCAAAGAAAGGAGAGAACAGAGGGAGAGAGAAGAGAUCAUGAAGUAUCGUCAGGAGCGACCCAAGAUCCAGCAACAGUUUGUCGACCUGAAGAGAAAACUGUCAGAUGUGUCUGACGACAUGUGGAACAGCAUUCCGGAAGUCGGCGACGCUCGCAACAAGAGACAGCGUAACCCCCGCCACGAAAAACUGACUCCUGUGCCAGAUACUUUCUUGGCUAAAGCAGCGAUGUCAACUGGACAUGUUAACGCACUGGACCCACGUCAACAGCAUAUGGGUGGUUUCACGACCCCCUACCCUGGGGGGAUGACCCCGGGGGUAAGUACCCCCUGGGGAGCAGCUACUGAGGUGGACUGGAGGAAGAUUGGGGAGGCCAGGAACACCCUCAUGGACAUCAAACUCAACCAGGUAUCAGACUCGGUGAGUGGACAGACUGUUGUGGAUCCCAAAGGCUACCUGACUGAUCUACAGUCCAUGAUCCCACAGUAUGGAGGGGACAUCAGUGAUGUGAAGAAAGCUCGGCUGCUGCUGAAGUCCGUGCGUGACACCAACCCUAACCACCCGCCGGCGUGGAUCGCCUCUGCCCGUCUGGAGGAGGUGACGGGGAAGGUGCAGGCUGCCAGGAACAUCAUCAUGAAGGGAACAGAGGUCUGUCAGAAGAGUGAGGACGUCUGGCUGGAGGCCAUCAGGCUACAGCCCACUGACAUAGGGCGUGCCGUGGUGACCCAGGCUGUACGACAGAUCUCCGGAUCCGUGCGUCUGUGGAUCAAGGCUGCCGAGAUCGAGGAGGAGAUGAGGGCCAAGAAAAGGAUCUUCAGAAAAGCCCUGGAACACAUCCCUAACUCAGUGCGGCUGUGGAAGGCUGCAGUAGAGCUGGAGGAGCCUGAAGAUGCUCGCAUCAUGCUGAGUCGGGCCGUGGAGUGCUGCCCGCAGAGCGUAGAACUGUGGUUGGCUCUCGCCAAACUGGAGACCUACGAAAACGCCAGGAAGGUGUUGAACAAAGCACGUGAGAACAUCCCGACAGACCGUCAGAUCUGGAUUACUGCCGCCAAGCUGGAGGAGGCGCAGAAAAACAACGACAACGUCAACCGGAUCAUCGACCGUGCCCUGCAGUCCCUCCGAUCUAACAUGGUGGAGAUUAACCGCGAACAGUGGAUAGAGGACGCAGAGGAGUGUGAGAAGGCAGGCAGCAUCAUCACCUGUCAAUCAAUCAUCCGGGCUGUCAUCGGGGUGGGCGUGGAGGAGGAGGACAGGAAACACACAUGGAUGGAGGACGCCGAGAGUUCCACCACCCACAGUGCGAUAGAGUGCGCCCGUGCCAUCUACGCCCACGCGCUGACCGUGUUCCCCAGUAAGAAGAGUAUCUGGCAGCGGGCGGCGUACUUCGAGAAGAACCACGGGACGCGGGAGCAGCUGGAGGCCCUGCUGCAGCGAGCGGUCGCUCAUUGUCCGAAAGCCGAGGUUCUCUGGCUUAUGGGCGCCAAGUCUAAAUGGCUGGCUGGAGACGUGCCGGCUGCCAGGAAGAUCCUCUCACUGGCUUUCCAGGCCAACCCGAACAGCGAGGAGAUCUGGUUGGCUGCUGUGAAACUGGAGUCUGAGAACAAUGAGGAUGAACGCGCUCGCCGACUGCUCGCUAAAGCUCGUGCCAGCGCACCAACUGCCAGGGUGUUUAUGAAGUCUGUGAAGCUGGAGUGGGUUCUGAAGGAGACAGAGAAGGCUCAGGACCUGAUAGAGGAGGGACUGAAGCACUACGCAGACUUCCCCAAACUCUGGAUGAUGAGGGGACAGAUCCUGGAACAGGAGGGCAAAACUGAUGCCGCCAGGGACGCUUACAACCAGGGGUUGAAGAAAUGUCCCCACUCCAUCUCUCUGUGGCUGCUGCUGUCACAGUUAGAGGAGAAGCUGUGUAACAUCACCAAGGCUCGAGCUAUCCUGGAGAAGUCCCGUCUGAAGAACCCUCAGUGUGCUGAACUGUGGCUGGAGUCUGUACGUCUGGAGUGGAGGGCCAGCAACAGGCAGAUCGCUCAGAGCCUCAUGGCUAGAGCCCUACAGGAGUGUCCGACUGCAGGCAGACUCUGGGCAGAGGCUAUCUUCAUGGAGGCACGUCCGCAGCGCAAGACCAAGAGUGUGGACGCUCUCAAGCGCUGCGAGCACGACGCUCACGUACUGUUGGCUGUGGCGAGGCUCUUCUGGAGCGAGCGGAAGGUGAACAAGGCGCGGGAAUGGUUCAACCGUGCUGUGAAGAUCGACCCUGAUCAGGGCGAUGCCUGGGCCUACUUCUACAAGUUUGAAACCCAACAUGGCACAGAGGAGCAGCAGGAAGAAGUGAAGAAGAGAUGUAACCAGGCAGAGCCCCACCACGGUGAGCUGUGGUGUGAACUCUCCAAGGACAUCAAGAACUGGAGAACAAAAACUGACGAACUCCUGCCCAUGGUGGCCAACAACAUCAAGAACAUGUUCUAGAUUCACUCGCCAGGAAGUUUUUAAAGUGAUAUUAUGUAAGAUUUUUGCGACAAAACUGUAGAUAUAAAUAAUUGAAAUUUUCUCAUCUAGAUUGUCAUUUUCAAUAACUUUCAACAUAUUAGCAUCAAUAUUUAAUUAUUCCGGCAACUCAGUGCAGCGCGAGAAUAAGUUGCGCCAGGCCUGCUGCAUUUUUAGGAGGGUCCUAAAAAGAAUGUAAACAAACAGGGUUUUUGUUCGGGUAUCUUUGGAAGUUUCCGGCAUGUUUUUGCAGCACAACAACGUUAAUCUUUUACUGCCCAAAUGUCAUUAUGAGCCCAGGUAGGCUUGUAGCACAACAAAAUGUGUAAAAAAAAACAUGUUUAAAAUAUUGAAAAUCUUACAUAAUAUCACUUUAAAUCAGGGCUGUUUCUUGGGCAUAGGGGUGGUACAUGUAGCUGUAGUAUUUUGCCUUUUCAGAUAUUUCUUUGGAAUUACUACACUUUACGUCUUACCUAGAUAAACAUAUCCUGAAGACACAAUAAUUAUAAUAAAAGAAUAUUCAUUAGAAAAACAAUAAAGACACAAUAAAGAAUAUUCAUUAGAAAAAUUAACGUUAGUAUUGAUGAUUAGUAUGAUAGUGCUGGGAUUACAAGUACAUGUAUGAUAGGAAGCACCAUUCUUUAAGGAGACCCUUGGUUUCAUAUUGUGACUGCAAACGUAGAGUUGUAUUUGGAGAGCACAAACCCUGGUCAUAGUUUCCAUGCACAUACUACAAUUCACAUUCUUAUUUAGAGGAGAUUGUAUUGGCAAAGAAGUUGAAACAAGAAGUAGACAAGAUAAGUAUGAAAAUGGUAAAGGUCAUAGCUUUCAAAAUUACUAUGCUAUAGAAUUGUGUGAGAGUGAUAGUAAUAUGAAUACCUAUGAUAACACAAAGACUAAACGACAUGUAUUCAUCUUGUGAAAUUAAUUUUCCAACUCUGGUACAUGGAACCAACCAACAGUAGUGGCCAAUAACAAGUUUUGUUUAACACAGAUACAAGACAGGAUAGCUUUGUUCUGUAUGUAAAAUAGAAAAUGAUUUGUGCAUGACU